AUGAGUGUGAAACAAUUUCUAACUACAAGUCAAAUCCGUGACACCGAUCAUGAGGAAUGGGCGGUUUCAUGCAAUAGGAAGCCAUUUGUUGCUGUGGCAAUGCUAUAUGUGUUUUGCCUGUCACAACUUCCAAUUUGCUGUGAUGCAACGUCAGGUGUUCUGCUUGAGUACUCAGUGGACAGUGACCCUUCAGAUUUCAUACUGUACAAGGAAACUGCCGCACCAUUACCGGAACCUGACGAAGACGUCCCAAUUUUCUCACCAACACAGAGCGCGAGCACAUCGACUACCCAUGUUAUCCCUGUAAAAGAAGAAGUCAAGGCAGCAGACUCAUCAGAUGAAGACGAAGAAGAUGAAAAUAACAAAGUGACGUAUGUUCGAAUGGCUGACAUAGGAGCAGCUCCGUUCACUGUCGCAUCUCCCACUCCACUUACUGUCUCUGUGGCUGUGAAAUCCAGGAAAAGGCCUAGAACAUUGUUACCAGUUAUCAAGCUUCCACGGCGAAGAACACUUGGAGGGAUGGGCAAACUAGAAAGCGCUGACACCGCUACACAACCACAAAUUUCAAUAAAGUCACCAAAAAUUGUAGAGGUCUCUUCGAAGAGGAAAAGUGAGUCAGUGGUGCUGGAUGUGAAGUCUCCUUCCCAUGUUGAGGAAGUCUUUUUAGAAGUUCCUUUGACGAAAAAACCUGAGCGACUUGCCGCAGAAGUCAAAUCUAGUUCUCGUACAAAAAAGGGCCUGAUUUCAGAAGUUCGAUAUUCAUUUAGUACGCUCAUAUUCGGUUACAAUGCUACUUUAUAUUGUACUCAAUUUGCCCAGGUUCGUUCGAGGAAAAAGCCAAGGCGAGUAAGUUCUGAAGCCGCAUCGACCUCUAGCAUAGAGAAAAGACCAGUUUCGGUCGAGAACGAUCAAAGUCCAGGCAUAACUGAGGAGCACAAAAGUCCUCCAGUGAAAAGAAUGAGAAAGUCGGAGCCUGCGUCCGCACCUGAUCGACCAAAGCGUGCUUCUGCCGGGAAAACGCUUAACUUCCUUGCACAGUUCCAGUCAUCUUCAAAGGAAACGAUCUAUCCUCCUGAGAGUCUGUGA